UCGGUUGGAGGAAAUAUGUCUGUCCGGAGGCACAUUGGGAAUCCUGAGUAUCUGACCAAAAGAAUACCACAAAAUCCAAGGUAUCAGCAUAUCAAGUCAAGACUGGAUACUGGUAACAGUAUGACUAAAUACAUUGAGAAGCUAGAAGAGAUCAAAAAAAAUUAUAGAUACAAAAAGGAUGAGCUUUUCAAGAGACUAAAAGUUACAACUUUUGCCCAGCUGGUCAUCCAAGUUGCUUCCCUAUCUGAUCAAACACUGGAAGUGACAGCUGAAGAGAUUCAAAGGCUAGAAGACAAUGACUCUUCGACGACUUCAGAGCCCGACGGGGAAAUCGGUGCCAGGACCAACGGGAAGGGGAGCCCCGGGGAACAGUCGCCAAGCCCCAUGCAGUUCAUAACGAGCGCGGGAGCUGGGGACUCCAGUCGCUCUACUCUGCAGAGCGUCAUCAGUGGUGUUGGGGAACUGGAUCUAGACAAAGGGCUAGUGAAGAAAGCAGAGCCCAACACCAAAGACAAACCUUACCCCGACUGCCCCUUCCUGCUACUAGAUGUGCGAGACAGAGAUUCUUACCAGCAGUGCCACGUUAUUGGAGCUUAUAGUUACCCAAUUGCAACUCUGUCUAGAACGAUGAACCCUUAUUCAAAUGACAUUCUUGAAUAUAAAAAUGCCCACGGCAAGGUCAUCAUUCUGUACGACGAUGACGAGAGGCUGGCCAGCCAGGCGGCCACCACCAUGUGCGAGCGGGGGUUUGAAAACCUCUUCAUGCUUUCCGGAGGUCUAAAAGUCUUAGCUCAGAAAUUCCCAGAAGGACUGAUUACCGGUUCCCUGCCAGCCUCUUGCCAGCAGGCCCUUCCUCCUGGCUCUGCCCGGAAACGAUCCAGCCCCAAAGUGCCGCCCCCACCAGCUGAGAAUAAAUGGAGAUUUACCCCAGAAGAUUUAAAAAAGAUAGAAUAUUACCUGGAAGAGGAUCAGGGUCCUGCGGACAAUCCCAGCCGGCUGAGCCAAGUGAACGCCGCUGGAAGAGACUCCAAGGUUCCAGGCGCCCGCAGCAGUCAGAACCUGCCCACCGGGGGCCCUGCUGGCCCCCCAAACCCCCGCUCGCUCAGCAGCGGCCACCUGCAAGGCAAGCCCUGGAAGUAAAAACUUU